CGUUAGCAGUGUAGUCAGUCGCACGCCGAUGUUAAACUUGAGCGAACGUCAUACGGUGCUAGUCAAUAGCUCGAUCGUUUGAAAUACCUGAUCUCGCGCGUAUUGUAGUAAUAAUUUACGGUGCAUAAGCAAUCGAUUCGUCACGAUGUUCUCCUGCGUUUUGCUGGUUGGUCUCCUGAUCCUGUAUGUGAUCUGGGAUGUCAACUACUUCAUUCGAUGUGUGGCCACCCUCGGAUAUGGGAUGUUGUUCCAGCGGAAACGUAAGGUGACCGACCAAACCACCAUCUACGGCCUGUGCACCACCCAGGAUGUGGACAUCUUCAUCCGACACAUGAACAACGCCCGCUACAUCCGCGAGCUGGACUUUGCCCGAUUCCAUUUCUACGGCCUGACCGGAAUCUAUGGCAAGAUUAAGGCUAAAGGUGGUGGAGCCGUGCAGGGAGCGUCCAGCGUGCGCUACCGGCGGACAAUUCCGAUUUUCAAUGCCUACAAGAUCACUACCAAGCUUGUGUGGUGGGAUGAUAAGGCCAUCUAUUUGGAGCAGCAGUUCAUUACGCUGAGCGAUGGAUUCGUACGGGCGGUGGCAAUGUCCAAGCAGUGUAUCACCAAGGUCAAUGUUCUCGAUCUGAUGAAGCAGUUUCCAGGAGCGGAGAAGCAACCGGAGAUGCCGGAAGAGCUGAAGCAGUGGUUGGAAUCGAUCGAAACUUCCAGCCAAAAACUCAGGAAAGAUAAGUAGGAUGUAUGCCUAGAUUUAGGAAGAAACAAGGCUUUCGGAUCAGUCAUGGUCGGUGGUAAUAUUUGUAAUAUUUAUUGCAUUCCCGUGGAGUGGUAUCUAAAUAUAGAUAUAAUAAUACAAAAAUGUUUAAUACAUAACCGUUUAAAACUGACUAAAAAUGCAUCGCCCCGAAUAAAUAUAUUAGCUUUUCAACAGA